UCAAUCUGUCGUGAAGAAGGCUCAACAACGCCUCUUCCUCCUACGGAAGCUGAGGUCUUUCUCUGUCUCCCCCCAAUUUCUUCAGCUUUUUUACAGAUCACAUAUAGAGAUGUUUGUCUGGUGUCACGGUUCAGCGUUUGAUAACCUGAUACGGAGUUUGUGGGGAGGAAUGUAUUGCAAGACAUGUACGAUGCAGGCCCCACAUGAACUCUUUUAGUUCUCUCUUUCCACAAAGCAAUGUCCUCAAACAUCUUUUGUCUUAAUUGUUAGUACACAUCCAAGCUGUGUUCCGAAAUCUCGUUUCUUGCCUCUGUAACUCUACAGUUUCAGUAGUACGGCUUGCGGUGUCUUUUUCUCUCAGUCACUAUGCACUCACUACCUUCCCUGAUCGCAUCCUGUUUGUGCAGCAGCUCAACUAGUAAUAUCUCACUGCCGGGGCCAGAUGUGACUUCAUGCAGGAAACGUUUAUUGUAUUUUAGCUAUCAACAUUCAGGCUGUUGGUUUUGGUAAUGAGCACACGUAGAUGACAUAGCGUAGAUGAAAGAUGACGAGAGUAAAGAAGCAGGUGAUGGCUGUCAUCACGAUCUGUCUCAUAUGAUGUGAUGUGACUGAGUCUUUGCUCUGUAGCCUGAGCUGUGACUAUCAGCUGCCCUGACUUGUUGUCGACAUGAAGGCUAACCAGGUUUACUACCUGUCGAUGUCUCUUCUUAUUCUUAUGAAUAAUCUAAUCAAUGGUAAUCAGACAUGUUCAAAGCUUGGACUUGUCCCCGAGACUGAAAGACUCAUGGUUUUUGAAGGCAGUCUUGUCAACUUCACCUUUAACCUUGAUACAACACAUUGUUCGCCUCGUCAGACUCGCUAUAUUAUCACAAUCUCCAGGGUCGUCAAUGGUCUGCACGUGGAUGUUUGUAAAUUUUUCCUGACUGACAAAUGCACGGCAUCCACUUCCUCAGUAAUGUGCUUCUGUCUCUCCUCCCUCGGCUCGAUGCUGUUCACAAAACGUAUGAGCAGCAAUGAUAACAACACUGUGUACAUUUGGAAAUGGGGCGACAUUCAUCCAGACGAGAAGGAGAAAAGAGUCACCAUUGAAAUUGCCAGUAUGUGUGUAAUCAAAUGGGUUUUAAACUUUGUACAGAAGCUAGAAGAAACCUUGUCGCUUGUUUGCAUGAAUACACUAUUUAAACUAGCCAGGUGGCAUAAAUGCUUGUUCAUAACUAGUAUAAGCAAGGAUCACAACAAUAGUUUAAGUGAUAUAUAUAUAUAAGAAAAGAAAGAGAGCAAAUUGAUGUGUUGAUAUAUUGUCAUGAUAUUCAGCAAGGAUGGUUUUAUUUAAGGAUAGCAACCAAGCCAGUUCUUUCAGAAAAUGGUGCAAGAUUAACUUCAAAUGAGUUUCCCCUUGGACACGCUCGGUGUACAAUGCUGCAAUGAAAGGCACAGAACUAGAUUUACAGCGCUGAACAUACGAAGAUGUGGAAGAACGUGUGUGCAUGGUUUAUAUACCUCGUAAUCAGUGUAUUCUUACCGUAGACAUGUAGAUAAGCGUUUGACCAAGUCUGGAAAAGUUUUAUCAUCGAUGUACGUCUACAUCAAUAACACUGUUAAGGUGAGUUUACGAAAUUUCCACAUUCAUAAGCUUUGGUCAGCACUGGUUUAUGAGUGCCUGUCCAUAUGUUAGUCUGUUGGUACAAUCUUUGGGCUAUUGUUCACUGUAUAAAGCGUUUUACAUUUUUUAUAUGUAUAAUGUUUGAUGUAUUUUACAUAUUGUUCACUGUAGUAUCAUUGUACCAUGUAUAUGAAGAAUAGACGAUAGUAGGGUAUGGGGUGGGGAGAAAAUCGCUCGUUAUUAAUCCAUCCUAAAUUACUACUUUUCUUUUUGCAUCCGCAGGCUCUUUUUGUCAUUCUUCACCCUCCUUUGCUCCUCUCACCCUAUUAACUGAGAGUGACUUGUGGCAGCAAAUACCGUGCUAUCGUCACAGUAGUUCAACUGACCGCUGAUACAAGUGAACGUGAAAGAUUCUCUUUCAGUCUGCUCUGCUCUGAGCAUCCUCUCAAUGGGAGCUCACCAUAGGCUUGCGAGACUUACACAGGUUCACUCAGCUACACGCUCCUGCAUGACAACGAGACUCUGGCGGGAAAGUUUGGCUCAACAGCUCUGUACUACCGACGCUACGGUCACGUGACACAUAUACAUGGAUCAAAAGCACAAAUAGCUUCUCUACGCUCUGAUUCCUAACACAGGAAUGGGUGGUUUUUCCAAGUGCGACAACAAAUGAAUCUCUCGUGCACCCCUUUAUCAGCAGACAUCGACCAGGAAUGGAGGUGUUAUAGGCGGGAUACCGUAAUGUGCUGAAGGAAAGCCUUCUACCUCGGGGUCACAGUGGUUGUCAUAUUGUCAUCACAGACAAACUUACCUCGAACGCUGGUUUUUCUCUUCACUUUCUGAGGUUAGCCGAUUAACAAAAUGACAAUCAUCGAGCUUUUGCUACUCAUUGCGUCUGCUAUGACAAAUAUUCCUGAAUCCAAGAGUUUGGUACAAGCUGAGAAGAAAUCAACAUGUGGGAUUCGUCGUCUGGAGACCUUUGACAUGAUGCUGACCUGCUACUUCCACGACAACAUUCGUGUUCUCCAGAAAGACUUUACUGUGUAUCUCUAUAAGGAACAAAACCAAAGCCCAAUGACAGUGUUAUCGUGCAUGUGGAGUCCGAAAAUUACCUGUUACGUGGCCCCUGGGUACAAGUACGAGGACGACAUUGAUGUUCACCCUGAUCACACCAACGUCCAGAUGCUUCACGCUAACACCGAGCAUGUUGGGAUGUACACCUGUCAGGUGAUGGGCGAUAGCGAUCCUGGAACUUGCAGUCUUACUGAGGAACAAAUACAAAACACAACACCAACAUCUUUACUCUCUAGCGAUCAACAGACGCAAAGUGCAGAUGAGCAGAGCUCAGCCGAUAGUGAGCUUACUUCUACUAAAGAAGCGAGAGAAGAGAAGGAACACAAGGAUACAGAAACCCAGGGCAACACUGUGAUUCAUGUGGUUCCUUCUGUGGUUCUGUCUGUUGUACUAAUUGGCAUUAUCAUUGCUGUAAUCAUCGUGCUAUGUAGGAGGAGAAGACAGAAAACAAGAACGGCUCGUAAAGAGAACGACACCAGUAAACCGGAGUCCAUAAAACUGAUAAGUAAAAGCCAACUAGAUGAAUGUCACAAUGAAAUCACACAGCCGAUACCUGGGGAUGACGAAGACUGUCUAACUACUGUCAGUCACCUGACGGUUGUAGGGGAAGACAAACAGCAGACAUGUUUAACCGAGAACUCGACAGAAACAGACGAUAAGGCCAAUAAAGCACGUGAUGACAAGCUUAUAAGUCGCCAAGGACAAAUUAAUACAAGCGUCCCACGCCAUAGUGGACACACUACCUGCUGUAGUCCAGCUGACAGUAGAACCGGGAUUCAGGAACGAGGUGUCGAUGAUAUUCAAGAUGAUGAGAGAAAUGUUGACGGGGGCCUUCUGGAAUUACAACAAAGCCAUAUAGAUGCACCCAAGAAGUUUAACAAAGAGGAGGAAGAGGACUCACCAGUCACUGAAACUGCACUGAGAACAGGACAUGUAAAGGUUCGUGAAGUGCAGUAACAACAGAAUGAGACUAUCAUACACCUAUACCUUCACAUACCUUCGCUUGUGUCGACUGGCCGCUGGGGGGACAAGCACCUUCUGGCAGGGUUGAUCAUUGGCAUCAUUAAUGAGCGGCUGAGGCAAGUCAGGAAGAUGAAAGUGUCAACUUGAUGUUUGACAGUUCUUGCUCUGCCAAUAUCUACCUUGUUCAAAAUGUCCUGAAGGGUGGAACUGGGGUAUCAUGGCAGACUACAUAACCACAGGCUUCUGAUAUUUUGCUGUAUCUAAUCCGCAUGUAUGUGUGUGAUGACUGAUGCUCUUAAUACAUGGUUCAGGAAGGUGACUAAGUGUAAAGAACCGGCUUAUUUCACAUAGUGUAAAAUAAACAAUUAAUUUUCCUCGAGAAUGAUUGCUCUACUUCUAGUUGUUGUAAUAGUUCAUUUUCAUCAGUUAGGGUGAUUUUCUUUUGAGUUUAGUAAAUUUAGACUGAGUUUUAUUGAAUCUCGUUAUCAAAAUUGAUGCCGUUGAAUGCAAUUCAUCGACUGAUUCUUCUGAUAAUGUAAACUGCGACUGAAAUUGUUCCUGAUUACAUUCUUUGCAAAACCAUGAUCACUUCUAUGAAAAUUGUCAAAUAUGUUGUAACAGUUAUCCCUGGGUUAUUCAAUUCACUAGAAGAAUCAUAAAUGAGAACAAGAUUUUUUUAAAAGGGGGUACAAAAUAGAACAAGAAGAAAACUUAGAAAAAGUUUAGAGAGGAGACCCGCGGGACCAAAAUAAAGUGAAAAGAAAAGCUCAAAUGUAAUUUUCAGUGAAAAACAGGAAACAUUUAGAGAUGCAUGGCAGAUGUUUAACACUCUUAGUGGUCAGUACAAGAUUCAGAACAACAGUACUCAGACCGAAACUGAAAAGGAGAUAUUUUCAAGGUGUGACCUAAAGGAAGAAUUAUUAACCUCGGUGGCUGGUCAACAUGAUGGAAGAAGGCUACACUAAAGUUGACUAAGAUUCCGGACUUUAAAGCU